UGGUGCACUUAUCAAAUGCUGUAGUAGAGUUUUGAAUAAGUGACAUUCAUCAGAUAUUUUACUCAUUUUCUACCCGGUUUAUGUUGAGAUUCGCCCUCCUGCAAUGGAAAAUGCACGCACAGACACGUUUCUGAUAACUGGGGGAUGUGGCUACUUUGGUUAUCGCCUGGCAUGCUCACUGCAUAAAAAGGGAGCCAGAGUCCUUCUGUUUGACACAGUCCCUCCAAUCCAAGAAGUGCCAGAGGACUUUGUGUUUGUGCAAGGUGAUAUACGUGACUAUGCACAAGUUGAGAGGGCCAUAGCUGGUGUGGAUUGUGUAUUCCACAUUGCCUCCUAUGGCAUGUCUGGCAGGGAGCAGCUGAACCAUCAUCUGAUUGAGGCGGUGAAUGUUCAGGGUACACAGAACGUCCUGAAGGGUUGUGUUGAGCACGGAGUGUCCAGGCUGGUUUACACCAGCACCUUCAAUGUGGUGUUUGGAGGCCAAGUGAUAGAGAACGGCAAUGAAAGCCUCCCUUAUCUACCUCUCCAUCUUCACCCUGACCACUACUCCAGAACCAAGUCCCUGGCUGAGAUGGCCGUGCUGAAAGCUAAUGGCACAGCCCUGAAGGACAGCUCUGGGGUGCUGAGAACCUGUGCACUGCGUCCAGCAGGAAUCUACGGGCCUGGAGAGCAGAGGCACCUACCCAGGAUAGUUGGUUACAUUGAGAAGGGGAUCUUCCGGUUUGUUUAUGGUGAACCCAGCAGCCUGGUAGAAUUUGUCCAUGUGGACAACCUGGUUUCAGCACAUGAGCUGGCUGCAGAGGCACUGACCUUGGAGAAGCAGCACCGCUCUGCUGGCCAGGCCUACUUCAUCUCCGACGGUAGACCUGUCAAUAAUUUUGAAUUCUUCAGACCUCUGGUGGAGGGCUUGGGCUAUCCCUUCCCCAAAGUACGACUACCUCUCUAUCUUAUUUACUUCUUUGCCUUUCUCACAGAAAUGAUUCACCACCUCAUCGGCCCCUUCUAUAACUUCCAGCCACUCCUGACACGUACAGAGGUGUAUAAAACUGGCGUGACGCAUUACUUCAGCAUGGCAAAGGCUAAAGCAGAGCUUGGUUAUGAACCCCAGGAGUAUAACCUGGAUGAGGUUGUACAAUGGUUCAGAUGCAGAGGCCACGGGAAAAAAUCUUGCAGCUCCUUCCUCAGUCGAUUACUACUAGACAUCCUGUUUGUUGCUGCCUUCGUUGCUGUGGCUCUCUCUUUUCUUCCAGUUGUUGGCAGCUGAUAAGAAACUAAACCAAAAACAUCAUUCUGCCAUUUUCCAAAACAUUCUGUAUCAAGACUGUUUCAUGAAUAGGUUGUUUACAUGUAUUAAUAUGUCAAAAUCCAUUUAUACAUUUUAUUUCAAAGUGGUCAUUACUGACAAGUGCUUCAGACAUAAAAAGCAGCUAAG